AUGACAGUCGAAGACAGUGGGAUUGAACCGGAUUUUGAGUUUGAUGUGCGGAAGAAUAAGGAGAAGAAUGUGAAAGCGGGACAUAUUUUAUCCAAAAAGUCUGCUCAUAUGAAGAAGAACAUCUUGGGAGAAAACGAAAAUAGUAAUGGAGAUAAGACGAAUGAAGAACCCAAGGAACCUCAACCGAAAACCGUGGUAUCUUCGAAGAAAAAACUGAAGCGGAAAGCUGCUCGUGAGCUUGAAGAAUGUGCUUCGUUAGAAGAUCUGAUCGUACCCAAGAAGAAAAAGAUUUCGGAGUCCCAGCAACCAUCCACUCCAACGGCUCUAAAAAAGAAGAAGAAGGAAUUACUGAAGAAAAAAUUGAUGACGGGAGCUGCUGUAGAAGAGGUUGCUACGAACGGUUUGAAGCAACUAGUCGAGAUGAGAGCAGUUGAGGCUCAGACUGAGAAUGUAGCUGAAAGCAGCGAGGGCACUAAGAAGAAGAAAAAGAAGAAAAAGAAAGUGAAAAAGAGCGGUGAUUCAAAUCUUAACAUUUCUCCGAAGAAACUUGCACAGUCCUCUUCUGAGCCGUCAUUACCCGUCGAAGAGGAGGAAGGUGUAAACGAGGAACAAAACACGGAAUUACUCGGACAGGAGAUGAAGAAAAAGAAGAAAAUGAAGAAGGUUGUUGUUCAAGAACAGGAGGAAAAAAAGAAGGUACUCGACAAAAAUACUGCUGAAACAAAGAAGAAGAUGAAUAAGAGGAAGACGACGGCGAUGAUGAUGAUGAAUGGUUCCACGAGACAGCCAGAGGAUUCUGGAGAAGACCAACAAUCAAGUUCGGUUCCAAAUUCACAGCUGCAGAAUUCGGAAAGGUACAAGGAGUUGCUGGAGCGGUUGGCUUCAGUCAAAAAGGAAAGAGAGGCGCGUGAGAUGAUCAUUCAAGAAGGAAAAAUCGAGGAAGGUGAACUCAUGGCUGUGCUAAGAAUGUGGCGGCAACAGAAGCGUAGAAAGAUGCAAUCUGAAAACAUGGAGAAACUUAUUCAAAUGGAAGGAACAUUAGAAGAACUAAAGAAAACUGUUACUGAUCUUGUGCGAAAAGGCAAAAUAAGAAGUACAGAUGCUGGCGAAAUCAUAAAACGAUGGAAAAUUCGGGAAAAACGUCGAAUUGGUCGACAAAUUACGAAACAGAUCAAUAAGGCAUGUUUCCAUUGUCGUAAACAAGGUCACGUCUUAGCGGAUUGUCCCAGUCGUGGUGAGGAUGAUCAUGCUGUCGGGAAUUUGUCCGGAAUGCAUGGCGAUGGAAUCUGCUUCAAAUGUGGUUCUACGGAGCAUAAUAUAUACAAAUGUCCGAGAAAGAAUAUUAAAGGAUUUCCCUACGCUACCUGUUUUGUUUGCGGACAACAAGGCCAUCUAUCAAGAGAUUGCGAGAAGAACGCGAAUGGGAUCUAUCCGGACGGUGGCGGUUGCAAUGUAUGCGGAUCGACGAAACAUCUGAAACGCGACUGUCCCGAGUUGGCAGCGCAAAAGCAAAAGAAGGAUGAACGAAAAGUGACAAUCAAAGCGAUGUCAGCGAUGUCAUCAGCGGAUGCGGACGAUAUCCCGGAUGAGGAGCCCAAAGAACAACGGAAAAAGCCGAGAAAGAUAGUCAAAUUUUAG